AUGGCUGCCCACGCCUCAGAGGGACCCGUCGCUGUCCACGACUCCGCCCCGCCCCCUGCUCCGGCUGGCAAGGCGGAACACACAGCGGGGGGCGCGACCAAACCCAAAGAAGAGGACGCGCCUGCGCCUGACAACGACGACGAGGAUGGUGGCGUGUGGGAUUCGGCUUCGCUGUAUGAGGAGAUUCUGGAUGAAGUCGAAGCCUUCGAGUACUCCAACGACGGCAAAGAUGUGUGCACUGCUGACGAGGCGCGCCGACUGCGCCAGCGACUGCACGAGGUUGGCGCCAGCCAGUUCGUCAUGGAAAACAUCACCAGCGAGAAGAUGACGGCGCGCAAACUGUGUACCGCGUUUGGCGUCAGGAUACCCAAGUUCCUUGAAGAAGCGCCCGACGAGAACUUCUACCAGUUGCUUGGCCUGGCCAUCAACCGCGAGCUCAACAAGCGUCCCCGCCUUGAGCAGUACAAGACCAUUGACGACGCUGCAAAACUGCUGCUGGAGCGCAAGAACAUCAUGGUCAUCACCGGCGCAGGCAUCUCGACGAGCCUCGGUAUCCCCGACUUUCGUUCCAAGAACACAGGUUUCUACUCGCGACUGUUGCAGAUGGGCUACGACGAGCCCGAGGAGGUCUUUGACAUUCACAACUUUGACGAGAACCCGCGCACCUUUUAUGCGCUUGCCGGUGACAUUAUCCCCGACCUUGAAAAGUGGACGCCUACGCACGAAUUCAUACGCCUACUCCAGGAUAAGGAAAAGCUGCUCACCAACUACACUCAAAAUAUCGAUAAUGUCGAAGCACACGCGGGAAUACGCAAGGAUAAGCUUAUCCAGUGCCACGGCUCCUGGGCCACUGCGACAUGCCGGAAAUGCAAGUUCAAGGUACCGGGUGAGGCCAUCUUCGACGAUGUGCGCGCACAGCGGCCUGCUGAGUGUCAGCGCUGCAAGGACGAAAUCGCAGCCCAACCCAGCAAGAAGCGCAAACGCCAAUCCAACGCCAACGGCAGCAGGAAGAAGCGAUCCAGCGACGAAGACUCCGAAUCCGAUGGCGCCUUUGACAUUCCCCAGCCGGGCAUCAUGAAGCCGGAUAUUACCUUCUUCGGCGAAGCCCUUCCCAAUGACUUCUUCGACCGGCUAAAGGAUGUAGACAAGGACAAGGUAGAUUUGGUCAUUGUAAUGGGCACGAGCAUGAAAGUCGCUCCCGUAUCUGAGAUACCCAACUUUCUGCCCCGCGACAUUCCGCAGAUUUACAUCUCACGAGAUCCCAUUCACCACAUCAACUUCGACAUCAACCUCCUUGGCGAUUGCGAUGUCGUAGUGGCCGAGCUUGCCCGCCGUGCGGGUUGGCAACUCAACCACAAAAUGAUACCCGAGGGUCAGUCAGUUGACGUCACUCUUACCGAUGACAUGGAUCAUAUUUCCACCGUCAAGGCUCGCAUCCCAGUGACGACUACGACAAAUAAUCAUAUUAACGAACGGGCAUAA